AUGGCGCAUAAGUCUACAAUCAAACCUUUAUCCAGUUCAUUUAUGCAGUUCAAGUAAGAGAAGAAGUACGAUGACAUUGUUAAUAUCCUCUCUAGAUAUGAAAAUACCUUGGAAGAUAUAUACCCGAAGACUGAAUUGAUCAAAAUUCCAAAAGGUACAAAACCAGCAGCAGCUGCAAAUGUCAGUUUGUGUGGUGUGGCAUCACACCCUAAUCAACCUGGUGCUCAUGCAGAAAAAAAUGACAGUGAGGACCACAUGAAAGCUGUCAAGGUACCAUUUGGUGGAGACCAGAUAAUGAGGGUUCUCUUUGCACGGGCAAAGAUUUGCACAGAGGAUGCCAUACUGCAAAAGAUAGGUUCGACCACUGCAGUCCAUUUAUCAUAG